CAAAUGAUGUAAACAAACCAAGAAUAACAACAACAAGAAGGAUACUAAAUACAAACAUUUAGCUGUACAUGACAUGAACUAAACAAAUGCCUAAAGCAAAAGAUUGCCUAUUUAGAAUAGGGUAUUUUCUGUACACUCAUACCCGCUUUGGUAGAUAUUAUCACGGAAAAGACAUACAGAAGGCAAGAGAUAAGUAUGAUGAAGAUGGACACACAGUUAUAGAACCCACUCUGUUUGAUAAGCUAGAGAUCACACCCAUUCCUGUAGCCCUUGACAACUAUGCAUACAUAAUUAUGGAGACAGAAUCCAAUACAUGUGUUGUCAUUGAUGUUGGUGAUGAGAAUGCUGUGAUAAGAUUUCUGGACAGAAUGAAUGUAAUACCAGCUGCAGUGCUGACUACUCAUAAACACUGGGAUCACAGUGCAGGUAAUCGGGGAAUGCGGAAAAGAUAUCCAGGUCUUCGCGUUUAUGGUGGAUACUAUGAUAAUGUUCCUGACGCUACCAAUGUUUUAAUGGAUAUUGAGACAAUAAAGUUUGGAGGCCUGAAUUUUACCGCUAUCCACACCCCUGGGCACACAACAGGGCAUGUGUCCUACUUUCUGGAUGGCAAACACCUCGGGGCACCUGACUGCCUCUUCUCAGGGGAUCACUUGUUUCUUGGAGGCUGUGGUAGAAUGUUCGAAGCACCUCCAGCAAAGAUGCUCAAAUCACUUGACAUGGUUGGGAGAUUGAAGCGAGAAACUCUUGUGUGGCCAGGUCAUGAGUAUGCAUUGAACAACCUUGAGUUUGCCUGCCACAUAGAACCUGAUAACCAGCAUGCAAGGGAGAAACUGGAGUGGGCUAAGAACAAGAGGCAGAAACGACUUAAAACUUGUCCGUCCACGGUUGCCGAAGAGCUCCUUUACAACCCGUUUCUACGCACCAGUCAGGCGUCCAUCUUGAAGGUGGUCGCCUUGACAACGGAGGACGAGGAGGAGAAGCUGGGCCCGCCCUCAGACGAGACUCGCGCCCUUGUACUGGCAGAGCUCAGGGAGCAAAAAGACGCUUUCAAAUACAUCCAGUGAUCAAGAUUGUUUGUUAUGUGAUUUGGUUGGAAAUUAAGAUAUGUGUUACAGUAGAUCUGGCAUUCUGUGUACGGUGGUGACAGGGCAAGUUUUAAAUAACUAACGCAUGUGAGAUGAGACUUAGGUUAACAGGAUGAUUCAUUUUGUUCCGUUUUUUUUUAAGAAAUAAAAAUGCGCAAAAAUCUGCUUAUAUCUUAUAUUGCUUUUAUAACAAUUUGUUUUAAAUGUUGUUAUUUUGUUUAACCACCUAGACUUAUUUAAACUUCCUGGAUUUUUAUUUAUUAAAAUCCAACCACAUUAAAUUAUUUAAUAUUUGCAAAAACACUCUUACAACUGAAGUAUCUGUAAGGAUUGGUGAAUAUGGGCCCACAACUGUGAUAAAACCAAUUAUUUGUAUUUAAAGAGGAGAAGCAGGGGUGUGGACAUAUUUUAAAAGCUUUAACAUGAUUUCCUUUUUAAUAUUAUAGUUAAUCGUCCGUGAGAUAGACCGUGAACUUAUUUACCAACUUUUAAUUAACUUUCUUUUUUAAGACAUCAAACAAAUAAGCUGUUCUGCUCCGUAGCAUUGCUCUUCUGAUCUACAUCAAAUAAACGCUUCUAUAAUGGUUUCACUUCAGAUCUCAAACUUUUUUCCGCUAAUUUACAUAUAAACUAUAACCUUAAUUUAUGAGGAGAUGCUUUAGCAUGAACCUGAACUCAAUGUUUUUUCAUUAUGUGAACAUUCAUGUGACAUAAGUUUACAUUAUAGUAAAAUUGUAAAAAAAGUUGGAGGUAAGGAUACGUUUAGUACCGAGUAGGUCUGUUUGGCAAAGAAAACUUGACCAUCCAAAAUUCAUUCAAAGGGAACUAAAACAGUUUUAAAUCUCUUUCAGUCAUAUUCUUUUCCACAAUUAGGUGUUCACAAUAACUGUUUAACGCACGGAUAAAUAUUUUAACAAUCAUAGCACUGUAGAAACAUCAUAACUGAUCAGUUUUUUAGACAUGGAAAAUGACUGUGAACUUAAAUAAAAAGAGUAAAAAACUGCAACUUAAUUUGUAGCAAUGAAUUCACAAUGUACUUUUUUGGUGGAUGAAUUAAUAUUCUACAUACAGCAUAAUGGCAGAUAACUUUUGCUUAUGUUGAAGGUUUUUACACGUAAAAGACGAGAAAUUUGUAUAGAUGAAGCAUCUGACGAUUUAAAACAUUUGUUUUCAUGGCAACACUUUGUGAAUUGUGCAAGCAACAGGCAUCUGAGCUGUUCCUGAGAAUGGGGUGUACGUUAGAGAUUGCGAUUGAAAACUGGAGGAUAUUUAUAGAGUUGUAUGUGUACAGCGUUUUUUUUAAAUAAUAUACAUUUGUGUGUGUAAAUCAUAAAAUGUAUUUUUUAUGAAGAAAUCCAUAAUUUUAGGGUGACACUAUUGUGUUGUCGUAACACGAUUAUUUUUAAAUUAUAACCAUUAUGGCAUAAUUGAGCUAAAUAGAAGUUGGUUACAAUAGUUAAAAAAUUUUCCUUCAGACAGGCUGCAUAUCCUUACUUUUAAUGAGAAAGAUUGUGUAUGUAUAUACAUGUCAUAUAUUGUAUUUAUACACAUGUACAUAUGUCUAUAACUGUCAUAUAUUGUAUAAAUACACAUGUAUGUGCAUACCUUUCAUAGAUUGUAUAAAUACACUUGUAUAUAUGUAUAUUUAUCUAAACACAUGUAUAUUUGUUUACCUGUUUUAGAUUGUAUUAAUACACAUGUAUGUGAAUAUGUGUUUUAACACAUGUAUAUGUGUACACCUUUCAUAGAUUGUAUUAAAACACAUGUAUACAUGUAUAUGUAUUUAACACAUGUAUAUUUGUAUACUUGUCAAAGAUUGUAUUAAUACAUAUGUAUAUAAACACAUGCAUAUGUGUAUACCUGUCAUAGAAUGUAUUAAUACAUAUGUUUAUGAACACAUUCAUAUGUGUAUACCUGUCAUAGAUUGUAUUAAUACAUAUGUAUAUAAACACAUGCAUAUGUGUAUACCUGUCAUAGAUUGUAUUAAUACAUAUGUUUAUGAACACAUUCAUAUGUGUUUACCUGUCAUAGAUUGUAUUAAUACAUAUGUUUAUGAACACAUUCAUAUGUGUAUACCUGUUAUAGAUUGUAUUAAUACAAAUGUUUGUGUAUAUUCAUAUCACAGAUUGUAAUAAUACACAUGCAUAUGUGAAUACCUGUCAUGUUUAAGAGAUGUAUAUGUGUAUACCUGUUUCAGUUUGUAUUUAGACACAUGCACAUGUGUAACCCAGUCAAAAGAUUUUAGUUAUACCCAGUGAUUAUUUCUGUCAAUCAUUGGAAGAUGAUUAUUUUGUGCAAAUAAUUAAACUUUCGGUCUUAUUUGCAAAUAAAGUGAAUUUUUAUAGUUACUGACAUAAAGAAUAUAAUAAUCACUUUCACAAAUUCGUAGAUUUUAUCCCCAAACAAUUGAAUGCCUUGUCUUUUCCCCAAAUCAUUAAAAAGACGAGUAAUUCAAUAAGAAUUAUUAUUUAGUAAUUAUUAAACCUUUGAAACAUUGUUCCCGGCGCGGAAGCCUCUUUUUUUACAGUAUUGCCUGCUCAGCAUGUACAUCGCAUGAGAACAAGUUAGUGCAGAGACGACACCUGUGUACGCAAUAACUGAAUACUAAAAAGUGCGUUAUUAUAACUGUUGGACUCUUCUUGUUUGAUAUAUAUUUUGCCGUGCUCUGUGAAAUAGGUGUUAAAUACAUGUGAAUAAAGUGUCGUCCCAGAUUAGCCUGUGCAGUCUGCAGAGGCUAAUCAGGGAAAACACUUUCCACUCUAAUGGUAUUUUUCAUUUAAAUAAAGUAUCUUCUGUGCAAAAAAUCCAGUUAUGGCGGAAUGAUUCGCCCCUAAUUAGCCUGUGAAUAUUGCACAGGCUAAUCUGGGACGACACUUUACACGCAUGCAUUAAACCCCUUUUUCACAGAGCGCGGCUCAUUUAUACUCGCUCUGUAUCUAAUACACUAUAUCAUAUGUUUACAGUAUACUAGGAGAAUUAUCGUAAUAGUAUUAAAGACAUGUAAAUUGUACACAAGAACAAAAAUAUAUAACUGCAUUAAGUUGGAUCAAUGUUGUUGCUCUGGUAUAUUUUUAAUAGCAUAUAAUAGCUCACUGAUUGGCCUGCAGAUCCAUACCAACUGUCAUAUAAUAGCUAACUGAUUGGCCUGCAGAUCCAUACCAACUGUCAUAUAAUAGCUCACUGAUUGGCCUGCAGAUCCAUACCAACUGUCAUAUAAUAGCUCACUGAUUGGCCUGCAGAUCCAUACCAACUGUUAUAUAAUAGCUCACUGAUUGGCCUGCAGAUCCAUACCAACUGUCAUAUAAUAGCUCACUGAUUGGCCUGCAGAUCCAUACAUGUACCAACUGUCAUAUAAUAGCUCACUGAUUGGCCUGCAGAUCCAUACCAACUGUCAUAUAAUAGCUCACUGAUUGGCCUGCAGAUCCAUACCAACUGUCAUAUAAUAGCUCAUUGAUUGGCCUGCAGAUCCAUACCAACUGUCAUAAAAUAGCUCACUGAUUGGCCUGCAGAUCCAUACCAACUGUCAUAUAAUAGCUCACUGAUUGGCCUGCAGAUCCAUACCAACUGUCAUAUAAUAGCUCACUGAUUGGCCUGCAGAUCCAUACCAAUUGUCAUAUAAUAGCUCACUGAUUGGCCUGCAGAUCUAUACCAACUGUCAUAUAAUAGCUCAUUGAUUGGCCUGCAGAUCUAUACCAACUGUCAUAUAAUAGCUCAUUGAUUGGCCUGCAGAUCUAUACCAACUGUCAUAUAAUAGCCCACUGAUUGGCCUGCAGAUCCAUACCAACUGUCAUAUAAUAGCUCACUGAUUGGUCUGCAGAUCCAUACCAACUGUCAUAUAAAAGCUCAGUGAUUGGCCUGCAAACUAUAACCUAAAUUUAUGAGGAGAUGCUUUAGCAUGAACCUGAACUCAAUGUUUUUUCAUUAUGUGAACAUUCAUGUGAUAUAAGUUUACAUUAUAGUAAAAUUGUAAAAAAAGUUGGAGGAAAGGAUACGUUUAGUACCGAGUAGGUCUGUUUGGCAAAGAAAACUUGACCAUCCAAAAUUCAUUCAAAGGUAACUUAAACAGUUUUAAAUCUCUUUCAGUCAUAUUCUUUUCCACAAUUAGGUGUUCACAAUAACUGUUUAACGCACGGAUAAAUAUUUUUACAAUCAUAGCACUGCAGAAACAUCAUAACUGAUCAGUUUUUUGACAUGGGAAAUGACUGUGAACUUAAAUAAAAAGAGUAAAAAACUGCUACUUAAUUGCUAGCAAUUAAUUCACAAUGUACUUUUUUGGUGGAUGAAUUGAUAUUCUACAUACAGAAUAAUGGCAGAUAACUUUUGCUUAUGUUGAAGGUUUUUACACGUAAAAGACGAGUAAUUUAUAUAGAAGAAGCAUCUGACGGUUUAAAACAUUUGUUUGCAUGGCAACACUUUGUGAAUUGUGCAAGCAACAGGCAUCUGAGCUGUUCCUGAGAAUGGGGUGUACGUCAGAGAUUGCGAUUGGAAACUGGAGGAAAUUUAUAGAGUUGUAUGUGUUCAGCGUUUUUUUUAAAUAAUUUACAUUUUUGUGUGUAAAUCAUAAAAUAUAUGUUUAAUGAAGAAAUCCAUAAUUUUAGGGUGACGCUAUUGUGUUGUUGUAACACGAUUAUUUUUAAAUUAUAACUAUUACGGCAUUAUUGAGCUAAAUAGAAAUUGGUUACAAAAGUUCAACGUUUUUCCUUCAGGCAGGCUGCAUAUCCUUACUUUUAAUGAUAUAGAUUGUGUAUGUAUAUACAUGUCAUAUAUUUUAUUUAUACACAUGUACAUCUGUCUAUAACUGUCAUAUAUUGUAUAAAUACACAUGUAUGUGCAUACCUUUCAUAGAUUGUAUAUGUAUAAAUACACUUGUAUAUAUGUAUAUUUAUCUUAACACAUGUAUAUGUGUUUACCUGUUGUAGAUUGUAUUAAUACAAAUGUAAGUGAAUAUGUGUUUUAGCACAUGUAUAUGUGUACAUGUAUACCUUUCAUAGAUUGUAUUAAAACACAUGUAUACGUGUAUAUGUAUUUUGACACAUGUAUAUUUGUAUACUUGUCAAAGAUUGUAUUAAUACAUAUGUAUUUAAACACAUGCAUAUGUGUAUACCUGUCAUAGAUUGUAUUAAUACAUAUGCAUAUGAACACAUUCAUAUGUGUAUACCUGUCAUAGAUUGUAUUAAUACAUAUGUAUAUAAACAAAUGCAUAUGUGUAUACCUUUAAUAGAUUGUAUUAAUACAUAUGUAUAUGAACACAUUCAUAUGUGUAUACCUGUUAUAGAUUGUAUUAAUACAAAUGUUUGUGUAUAUACAUAUCACAGAUUGUAAUAAUACACAUGCAUUUGUGUAUACCUGUCAUGUUUAACAGAUGUAUAUGUGUAUACCUGUUUCAGUUUGUAUUUAUACACAUGCACAUGUGUAACCCAGUCAAAAGAUUUUAGUUAUACCCAGUGAUUAUUUCUGUCAAUCAUUGGAAGAUGAUUAUUUUGUGUAAAUAAUUAAACUUUCGGUCUUAUUUGCAGAUAAAGUGAAUUUUUAUAAUAACUGACAUAAAGAAUAAAAUAACCACUUUCACAAAUUCGUAGAUUUUAUCCCCAAACUAUUGAAUGCCUCGUCUUUUCCCCAAAUCAUUAAAAAGACGAGUAGUUCAAAAAGAAUUAUUAUUUAGUAAUUAUUAAACCUAUGAAACAUUGUUCCCGGCGCGGAAGCCUCUUUUUUUACAGUAUUGCCUGCUCAGCAUGUAGAUCUCAUGAGAACAAGUUAGUGCAGAGACUGAAUCAAUGUUGUUGCUGUGUUAUAUUUAUGCCCACCUUCGAAGUAGAGGGGGUAUAUUGCUUUGCACAUGUCGAUCGGUCUGUCGGUCGGUCCGUCCACCAGGUGGUUUCCGGAUGAUAACUCAAGAACGCUUGGGCCUAGGGUCAUGAAACUUCAUAGGUACAUUGAUCAUAAAUUGCAGAUGACCCCUAUUGAUUUUGAGGUAACUAGGUCAAAGGUCAAGGUCACGGUGACCCGAAUUAGUAAAAUGGGUUCUGGAUGAUAACUCAAGAACGCUUAGGCCUAGGAUCAUAAAACUUGAUAAGUAGAUUGAUCAUGACUCGCAGAUGACCCCUAUUGAUUUUCAGGUCAAUAGGUCAAAGGUCAAGGUCACAGUGACCCGAAAUAGUAAAAUGGUUUCCGGAUGAUAACUCAAGAACGCUUAGGCCUAGGAUCAUGAAACUUCGUAGGUAGAUUGAUAAUGGCUGGCAGAUGACCCCUAUUGGUUUUCAGGUCACUAGGUCAAAGGUAAAGGUCACGGUGACCCGAAAUAGUAAAAUGGUUUCCGGAUGAUAACUCAAGAACACUUAUGCCUAGAAUAAUAAAACUUCAUAGGUACAUUAAUCAUGACUCGCAGAUGACCCCUAAUGAUUUUCAGGUCACUAGGUCAAAGGUCAAAGUCACGGUGACCCGAAAUGGUUAAAUGGUUUCCAAAUGAUAACUCAAGAACGCUUAUGCCUAGGAUAAUGAAACUUGAUAGGUAGAUUGAUCAUGACUCGCAGUUGACCCCUAUUGAUUUUCAGGUCACUAUAUCAAAGGCCAAGGUCACGGUGACCUGAAAUAGUAAAAUGGUUUCCGGAUGAUAACUCAAGAACGCUUAUGCCUAGGAUCAUGAAACUUGAUAGGUACUUUGAUCAUGACUUGCAAAGUACCACUAUUGAUUUUGAGGUCACUAGGUCAAAGGUCAAGGUCAUGGUGACCCGAAAUAGUAAAAUGGAUUCCGGAUGAUAACUCAAGAAAGCUUAUGCCUAGGAUCAUGAAACUUCAUAGGUACAUUGAUCAUGACUCGCAGAUGACCCAUACCGAUUUUGAGGUCACUAGGUCAAAGGUCAAGUUAAUGGUGACCCGAAAUAGUUAAAUGGUUUCCGGAUGAUAACUGAAGAACGCUUAUUCCUAGGAUCAUGAAACUUUAUAGGUAGAUUGAUCAUGACUCGCAGAUUACUCCUAUCGAUUUUCAGGUCACUAGGUCAAAGCUCAAGGUCACGUUGACCCGAAAUAGUAAAAUGGUUUCUGGAUGAUAACUCAAGAACGCUUAUGCCUAGGAUCAUGAAACUUGAUAGGUAGAUUGAUCAUGACUCGCAGUUAACCCCUAUUUAUUUUCAGGACACUUUAUCAAAGGCCAAGGUCAAGGUGACCUGAAAUAGUAAAAUGGUUUCUGGAUGAUAACUCAAGAACGCUUAUGCCUAGGAUCAUGAAACUUGAUAGAUACAUUGAUCAUGACUUGCAAAUGACCCCUAUUGAUUUUGAGGUCACUAGGUCAAAGGUCAAGGUCAUGGUGACCCGACAUAGUAAAAUGGAUUCCGGAUGAUAACUCAAGAAAGCUUAUGCCUAGGAUCAUGAAACUUCAUAGGUACAUUGAUCAUGACUAGCAGAUGACCCCUAUCGAUUUUGAGGUCACUAGGUAAAAGGUCAAGUUCACGGUGACCCGAAAUAGUAAAAUGGUUUCCGGAUGAUAACUGAAGAACGCUUAUUCCUAGGAUCAUGAAACUUGAUAGGUAGAUUGAUCAUGACUCAAAGAUUACUCCUAUUGAUUUUCAGGUCACUAGGUCAAAGGUCAAGGUCAUGGUGACCCGAAAUAGUAAAAUGGUUUCCGGAUGAUAACUCAAGAACGCUAAUGGCUAGGAUCAUGCAACUUCAUAGGUACAUUGAUCAUGACUGGUAGAUGACCCCUAUUGAUUUUCAAGUCACUAUGUCAAAGGUCAAGGUCACAGUGACAAAAAACAUAUUGACACAAUUGCUGUCACUACAACGGAGAGCCCAUAUGGGGGGCAUGCAUGUUUUACAAACAGCCAUUGUUUUCUUUCUGUUUUAUAUAAGUAAAUUCAGAAUUUUACAUGCAUGUUACCAUAUUACAAUACGUUUGAUUUGUUUUAUUAUUGUGUUUUAAAUUGAUGCAAUUAAAUGUUACUGUGUAA